CCUCCAUCCACUGCCGCUCGCCCCAUCCACCCCUUCUCAUCCGCCAGCGCAAUUACGCGGACAAACUAGAGCGAAACUAUUCGCUACUGACCAGCCCAUCCCCCAAGAUCGGCCAUCAUGUCCGAGCAGGCUCCUGCCGACCCCCCGCGUGAGCGCAAGUCUCGAUGGGACGCGCCCGCUCCUGGCGCCGAAGCCGCCCCGGCGAACGCACCACCCGCCGCCCCACCUGUUACAGCAGAGCAGGCGCAGGACGCAGCGACGAAGGCGGCCGAGAUUGCCGCCAAGAUUGCGGCCUCGUUGCGUCCUACCGGCUCAUCUGGGCAAGAGCUGGUGGCGCGCGCCAAGAAGCCGGAGGGCGAGUUUGUCAAGGACAUUGAGGUUAAUGACCUGCGCAACCGUUACGUCCUUACCAAGGCAGCGACCCAGAAGCAGAUCGAAGAUGAAACUGGAGCAUCCAUCGAGACCAAGGGCGUGUGGGUUCCAGACCGCACCCGCAUGCCACCAGGAGAGAUGCCGCUAUACCUGCACAUUACCGCCAAGUCGCAAAUUGUCCUUGACGCCGCCGUCAAGGAGGUGAUGAAGCUGGUGGACCAGGAGCUUGGCCCCCUCAUUGAAGAGCGUACGCUGAUUGCGCGUGCGCGUGCGCGUGGUGAGGUGCUCCCUCCUGGCAUCGGGCAGAGGCCAAAGUGGCCCGAGGAGAAGCUCUUCAUUGGUCUCGAGCCGCUGCGCAACUUUAACGUUCGCGCAAAGGUUGUCGGCCCAGGCGGUAUGUUCGUCAAGCACAUCCAGGCGGAGACAGGUGCGCGUGUGCAGAUCAAGGGGCGCGGCUCGGGGUUCCUCGAGAACGAGACUGGACGUGAGGGCGAUGACGAGAUGCACAUCAGCAUCGUUGCACCAACAGACGACCAGAUCCAGCGUGCUAAGACGCUCGCCGAGGAUCUCCUGAUGAUCCUGCGCAUUGAGUACGACAAGGCGCGCAACGGCGGCGGCCGUGGCGACUACGGUGGCGAGCCAUACCCAGUCAUGGGCGGAAAUGUGUCUGCGGCCCAGCAGGGUACGGGUUACUCGGAGCAGACCUACGAGCAGGGUGGUGCCUCGUCUGGUGCACCCGCCGGCUCGAGUGAGGAGCAGUGGCAGCAGUACCUCGCGUACUACGCCAGCAUGGGGUACGAUGUCAACGACCCGCAGUUCCAGCAGUGGAUGCGCGAGCAGCAGGCGCAGGCGGGUGGCGCUCCGGCGUCCUAGUUGUAGCAUAGUCGUUUGCAUGAGAUAUAUAGAUGUGCAGCGCCCACCGAGGCGGCCAAGCAGAGAGAGUGCUAGGCCAUGGCACGCAGAGCGUGUCGAUGGACGGCGCGACAAAGUCCUCAUUAUAGCACCCGUUUUCCUUCACUAAUUCCUGGAGAGAGCAGGAAGCAGUGUACACACGUGAUGCAAGUUGGUAGUAAGUUGA